AGCCAACUCAUGUUUCGUUGAUCACAUGAUUCCUGGUAAAGCACAAAGAUCAGUUUGCUGGAGGUCUCUACGAUAGAUUUCAGCAUGGGUCGUUUGGAUGGCAAAGUUAUUGUACUAUCUGCUGCAGCACAAGGGAUUGGAAGGGCUGCUGCCAUUACAUUUGCUAAAGAAGGUGCCCAGGUUAUUGCAACAGAUAUUAACGAAGAAAAGCUGAAAGGACUGGAAACAUACAAAGGCAUUAAAACUAGAGUGUUGGAUGUCACUAACAAGGAACAAAUAGAAAACCUCUGCAAGGAAGUUGAUAGAAUUGAUGUGCUUUUUAAUGUGGCUGGUUUUGUUCAUCAUGGAACUAUUCUAGAUUGUGAGGAGACUGACUGGGACUUAACAAUGAAUCUUAAUGUUCGAAGCAUGUAUCUUAUGAUCAAAGCAUUCCUGCCAAAGAUGUUGGCACAAAAAUCUGGGAACAUCAUCAACAUGUCUUCUGUGGCAUCUAGCAUCAAAGGUGUUGUAAACAGGUGUGUAUAUAGCACAUCUAAGGCGGCAGUAAUUGGCCUAACAAAAUCUGUUGCUGCAGACUUCAUUGAACAAGGCAUCCGAUGCAACUGCAUAUGUCCUGGGACGGUGGACACCCCAUCCUUAAGGGAAAGGAUACAAGCCAGGCCAAACCCUGAACAGGCUUUAAAAGACUUCCUUGCAAGACAAAAAACUGGCAGAAUGGCCACUGCCGAAGAAGUAGCCCAUCUAUGUGUUUAUUUGGCUUCUGAUGAAUCUGCUUACGUCACUGGUAAUGAGCAUAUUAUUGAUGGCGGCUGGAGUCUGUAAAUCAUGCUCAGGUGGAUCAUGCGGAAGAGGCCUAAACAGACAUAUAAAGAAUUGGGAAGCAGUUGCGAAUUAGAGCAAUUUCAUUUGAAACAAAUUUUGUACAAUGAAUAAUGAAACCAUAUGGGAAAUUAAAUAAAUCAAGCCAGUAGGUUUUCUGUGCUGUGCUUUUUUCAA